GCUGUCAACGGAUUAACCCGCCCAAAACUACAAUUCCCAAACCAAGGGAACAUUUUACCCAGCAUUCAACGGGUUUGUGAAUGGGAUAAUGCUGCAAGAUGGCGACAAUUGCAACUGCUACAAAUUUACCAUCUUUUGAUUGUCCAACAUGGGCAGGCAAGCCCCCUCCAGGACUCCAUUUGGACGUGAUGAAAGGUGACAAAAUGGUCGAGAAACUGAUCAUUGACGAGAAAAAGUACUACUUAUUCGGGAGGAACCCGGACAUGUGUGACUUCACCAUCGACCACCAGUCAUGUUCACGCGUGCAUGCUGCCCUGGUCUACCACAAGCACCUGAAGAGGGUGUUCCUUAUUGAUAACAACAGCACGCAUGGUACCUUCCUGGGACACAUCCGCCUGGAGCCCAAUAAGCCUCAGCAGGUCCCCAUAGACUCCACCAUGUCGUUCGGGGCGUCCACGCGAGCCUACACCAUCCGGGAGAAACCUCAGAGCCAGCAAGGAACCAAUGCCGCCACAGGGGACAGCAAGGCCGGAGAGGACGAGGAGGGGUCUAAGGGCCUCUUAGGAUUACCAGAGGAGGAGACCGAGUUAGAGAACCUGACAGAGUUCAACACGGCCCACAACAAGCGCAUCUCCACCCUGACCAUCGAGGAGGGCAACCUAGAGAUCCAGAGACCCAAGAGGAAGAGGCGGAACUCCAGAGUCACCUUCAACGAGGACGAUGAGGUUAUCAACCCGGAGGACAUUGAUCCUUCAGUGGGGCGCUUCAGAAACAUGGUGCAGACUGCUGUCGUCCCUAUAAAGAAACAGAAAAUGGAGAGGCACGGCUCACUUAGUAUGGACGACGUUGUGACGAGGCGCAUCCACAACUACACCUUCGGCGGCGGCCUUUACGGGGACCUGCCACCCACCAGCCACGAGGGCCACCACGCCGGGGCCCAGAGCGGAGCCACUAUCCUGGGGGGUCUCCCUCUGCCCUUCCCCAACCCGGCCCCAGAGGUGAACCUGGCCCCGGACGCCCCCCAGCCACCUGUCACGCUCAACCCUGUCCCCGUUACAGGCCCCUAUCUCUCCGAGGUUCUCAACGAGCCCCGCAAGAAAAAGUACGCUAAAGAGGCAUGGCCAGGCAAGAAGCCCACCCCCUCCCUACUAAUCUAACCCUCUCCCUACACUACGGCUCUUUCUCGAUUCGUCUUUCCUCUGUUCUUUACCUCCUCUCUCAUGCAUUGUAGAAGAUCCAAGGUCUCUCCUCUUGGACCUUCUCCAAUGUAUUUUGAGGCGAGGAGAGAGGCAUGAGAAAUCCAGGAAAGCCGAAUUGGGAAAGAGCCUAUGUGGUGGAGGCAGGGCUGACUCUCAGGGUAUGGGCGGAGACAUCAGGGACCAUGACCCGUUGGAGGCGGAUCGAUUUUUCUUAAGACUGUUUUGUCAAUGUUUUCUACGUUACUUCCUCGUUCUCCUAAAGAUUAUCCGAAAGUCUUCAGUAGUACAUUCCAUGAAGACAGGAACCCCACUCCUUCGGGAGAUGAAUGUUUGAUGUGUUUUACAAAUGAAGUCAUGUAAAAAAGGCAGUACUUGGCAGACCAAGUCAGUUGGUCAGAUAAGAGUUUUACAUCUAAUUGAUAGUCAGGCAUCGUGCAGGGAAACAAACACGAAGCAAAUGUAACUUAGGAAAACAGCCCUUAUGUUGGAAACAAACAUUAUGUUCUCAUCCAGAUUCACAUGGAUUUAUUUUCCAUGCUACAGCACCCAAUAUUAUAGCAGGUUUUUAAAGGACCUGCUCUGUGUUGCCAUUUUUGCUAUGGGAAAAACAUUGCGAUACUGGUAUCACAGCCUAAUCGUUAUAUGGUUGGUCACUGUGAGUUCCAUAUUAUGAUCUCCACUUCCUUCUUUAAGGGCUUGAUAUUUGUUUGAAGUCUAUCUUUGGACAUAGUAUUUUUGCCCACUGUAAACAUGCAUAUACAGUGCAUUUGGAAAGUAUUCAGACCCCUUGAUUUUUUCCCCCCCACAUUUUGUUACUUAACAGCCUUAUUCUAAAAUAGAUGCAGAAUUUUUUAUAUAUAUAUUUUUAUCCAUCUGCACACAAUACUCCACGUCGAAGCAAAAACAGUGUUUUAGACAUUUUAGCACGUUAUUAAAAAUAGAAUGCUGAAAUAUCACAUUUACAUAAUCGCACCUUUGGCAGCGAUUACAGCCUCGAGUCUUCUUGGGUAUGGCGCUACAAGCUUGGCAGACCUU